UUGCUGCAACAAUGAAAUCAGAAACCUUUAUUUAUUUGAUUUCUUUAUGACAGGGAAUUUGAGCAUAAAGGCUGGUUAGAAUGCCUUCACUGUCCACACACAGGUGUGAAUGUGUUUGGGCUACAGGACAGAAGCAGAGGACACAGGUGGUGUGGCUGCAGCGUUCUCCGGCUGCACCGAGUCUCAUCUGCUGCCAUGAACCUGCUCAUGUGCUUUUAUUGUUUGCUCCUGGAUUUAACAACAGUUCAAAGCCGCGUGCUAAUGCAGAGCCGGAUCGUAGGAGGUUACACUGCAGCAGCACAUUCCAUCAAACACAUAGUGUCCCUGCAGAGCUCCAGAGGACAGCACUUCUGUGGCGGAUGCCUCGUUCACAGGUACUGGGUUUUGACUGCAGCGCACUGUAACAUCGGGGCAGACCAGAUGAUGAUAGUGGCAGGUGACUACAAAGUAAAUGUCUUCGAGGGUACUGAGCAGUACGCUAAACCCCACAGGCUGGUCAGCCACCCGCUCUACAACAGGAGCACCAACAACGCUGACAUCAUGCUUAUUAAGCUUCGAGCGCCGAUGAUCCUAAACAAGUUUGUAUCCCUAGCUCCUCUCCCCAGGCAGGGGACAGGUGUGGUCGCAGGCCACAUGUGUCGGGUGUCUGGGUGGGGGUACGACAAUCAGGGUGGAGAACAGGGCCCUGUCAAGCUGAGGACGGUCCUCGUCCCCAUUGUUUCAACUGCAAAGUGCAACAGCAGCGACUCCUUCGACGGGAACAUCACAGCAAACAUGAUCUGUGCUGGACACCAGGCUGGAGGGAAGGAUGCGUGCAAGGGAGACUCUGGUGGACCACUGAUGUGUAGAGGGAGGGUGUACGGUUUGGUGUCAUGGGGCAAUGGCUGCGCUGAUGCAAAGUUUCCUGGAGUCUACACCGCUGUGUCCAGAUUUCGCCGUUGGAUUGAUCACACAAUCUACGGCUCGUACCGACGCUGUGCCAGAUUUGGAUGAACAGGAAGAAGAUCGACAGAUAAAUAGAGGAAAUUAUUUCACCAGCAAUUAAGUAAUAUUAGUGCCACAUAUCAGGAGGAGUUUCUAUUAAAACCAUAGAAUAGAGCUGUAACAUCUAUAAAAAUCAAUUUAAAUCAUAGAUUGGACACAAAAAAGCGUGAAAUCCUGACAAAUCAUUUGUACAUCAAAAAUGUCAAGAUAGAAAUCUAAAAAAACAUUAAAAAUCUGUUAUCAUCCCUACAACGAUGUUUAAAUGGCAAAAUAAAAUCUGAUGGGAAAAAUGUCCAAACAUUCAGGUACACUUGUGAUUUUAAAGUGGAAUUGCUUGACUUAAAACCAAAUUCCAUCUUUAGCAGAUUUUUUUGUUGUUCAUUUUAUCUGAUUUGAACAGUUUGUUUUUAAAUCAGAUUUGUUUGGCAUUACUGAAUUUCACUUUUUCCCAUUUUUUACAGUUUCCUAAUUAAGCUAUCAUCUGUCUCGUUGUUUGUCGUGUUAUCACAUUUCCUUUAACUGAUUUUUUUAUUGUUAUCUUCUUGUUUUGACUCUUUUGUUGUAAGUCUGAGGUUUUUGAGUUUUAAGUUUCUGUCAUGGUGCAGAAAAAUCUGUUCGGUAAAUUCUAACUUUCUGAGAAACAGUAGAAACAAGUCUGCAGCGAUGAUGUCAGUUAGCCAUUUUUAGAGUUUAUAUUUAACUUUAACUGCCAUAUUCUUUCACAUUUCUUCUAUAUUCAUACUUAUUUUUUGUUAAAAAUGAAGUUAACAGCAAGAGUUACUAAAAGUUUUAUGGAUGGGUUCAUCCCAUUAAACAAUAAUGGUAAAUAGUGGACUUUUGAUCAAGAAAUAGCAUUUUUUUCUGAUAAAAGUGAUUCAAAUGUUGUUGUUUUUUACAUUUAUAUUUGUAUUUUUGUCAGAUGACGCUACAGUAAUGCAAACCUGUCAAAGUAAUCUUCAAAAAUAUCAAAUAAAUCAAAAUAUUUUGCUAUUUUUCCCAA